AUGAAAAUAGAUUGGGAAAUUCGGAAUGAAACAGAAAACAGAUUGACGAAGAAGUUGGACAUUUCACAUGUGUUUUUGGUUUCCGCUUACUAUUAUCCCAUCUCGAAAUCACUGGGUUCAAAUGCAGUUGCAUUGAAUAUGUUAGUCGAUUCGAAAAAUUUCAACGUGGAAAAUGCAACAUAUAAUCUCAUUGGAUCUAAUGAAACACAUCAAGAACUUACAGUUGCCACCUCUCAAAUAGACGGAGUCACGUAUUGUCGAUAUAUUCAAACAAUGGCUAGAACAAAUGCUGUUGAAAAACUAAAAAAAAUCCCGUUCAAGAUGGGUCGUAUGACUGCACCAAAACCUGUUAUAAUAUGUAUAUCACCACAAUUCGUUGCUGAACAAUGGCAGAUAUUCUUAAUGCAUGUACACGUGGCAAAUCGAUUCGGUUCUCAUCUUCAUAUUUACUUGAUUUCAAUUCUGGAAUCAUAUUUUAACUUGAUGAAAGAAUAUGAAAAACAAGGGUAUCUCACUCUCGAUUUCUGGUUGAAAAUGAAGUUCGCUAAUCCACAAUCUCCGUUCUAUGAGCCGAACAUCAGCACAGAGUUGAGGAUACAGAUAGGUGCGCAAAUGGAUUGUUUACUUCAAUAUAAAGAAGCAGCUGAAUUCAUUGCAUUCUUCGACAUGGAUGAUGUUUUAUUUCCUAAAAACUAUCCGACGUAUCUAGAAGAAUUCAAUGCUGAAUGA